AUGAAGCUCCUCAGCCUUCUUCUGUCUUUCUUCGUCCUGGCUUUGGCCCAGGCUUCCGCGAUCCCGUCGUUUUAUCACCGUCUACACUCGACUUUUGGCUCUGUCCGUCCCAAUUCUACUCAUCUGAACUCAACCUUCAGCAACAACACUGGCCACGCGCACGAUAAUGCCACCGGCUAUGGCCCCAUCGCAAUUCCCGACACUGGCACCGAGGAAACUGAAUACCGCUCCAUGUCUUACUUUGUCAACUGGGCAAUCUACGCGCGCCACCACAACCCGCAAGAUCUUCCAGUCUCCCACCUAACACACAUCCUCUACGCCUUCGCCAACGUACGUCCUGAAACCGGAGAGGUAUACCUCAGCGAUACCUACUCUGAUCUCGAGAAACACUACCCCACCGACUCGUGGAAUGACGUUGGAAAUAACAAUGUCUACGGCUGCGUCAAACAACUCUUCCUUCUGAAGCAGCAGAACCGUCACCUCAAGGUCCUCCUUAGUAUUGGCGGCUGGACGUACUCGAAGAACUUUGCGAAUAUGGCGAGCACAGAGACUGGCAGGAAGAUGUUUGCGUCGACCGCGGUCAAGCUUAUGGGCGAUUUGGGUAUGGAUGGGCUUGAUAUUGAUUGGGAGUACCCAGAAAAUGACCAGCAGGCCAGCGACUUUGUCGAGCUGCUGCGUGAGACUCGAGAGGAACUCGACCGCUACGCCACCGCAAACGGGAACGGCAAGCCCUUCCUCCUGAGCGUCGCCUCCCCAGCCGGCCCAACCCACUACAACACCCUGCACCUCGCCGCAAUGGACCCCUACCUCACCUUCUGGAACCUAAUGGCUUACGACUACAGCGGCAGCUGGGACACAAUCACCGGGCACAACGCGAACCUCUUCGCCUCGUCCACAAACCCCACCUCCACGCCCUUCAACACCAACGACGCAAUCUCCGCGUACCUCGCCGCCGGCAUCGCGCCCGCAAAAAUCAACCUGGGCAUGCCGCUCUACGGCCGCGCCUUCACGCACACCGACGGCCCCGGCACCGCGUUCGAGGGCGUCGGGUACGAGGGCUCGUUUGAGGCUGGCGUGUGGGAUUACAAGGUUCUUCCGAAGGAGGGGGCGCAGGUUACCGAGAUGGCGGAUCUAGGGGCGAGCUUUAGCUAUGAUGAGGGCAAGCGGGAGUUUGUCUCUUUUGAUAGUCCCGAGGUUGUAAGGGCCAAGGGCGCGUAUUUGGAGAAUUUGGGGCUUGGUGGUGGGAUGUGGUGGGAGUCGAGUGGGGAUCGCGAGGUUGGGAGUGGGGGCAGUUUGAUUGAGACGCUUGUCGAUAGCCUCGGCGGCGUGGAAGCCCUCGAUAAAUCCGAGAACCAGCUCGACUAUCCCUCUUCGCGAUUCGAGAAUCUCCGCAAUGGAUUCGCUUAA